UCACUCGAGGCCUAUCUCGAAUAUGCCGUAAAACACAAAUAUAACAAUCACUAUUAAUGUAGAAUAAAAGCAUCAUGCCAUCCAUGACGUGAUUGUGGAAGGUAUGCCAGCAGGAAUUAUCACAGACCGGACGAAUCAAUCGGCGCUCCGCUCCCAGCUUCAUCGAGGGACUCCCGCUAAAUUAACGAGCGUCACCACCUUGCCCGCCGGCCCCGCUAAGGCGCGGAUAAGCGUUUUAGCACGCGGUUAACAUCCCGUAAAACAUGCAACAAAGACCAUUUUAAAAUGUUUCAUAAUGGUCGUAUGGGGUUAGAGUAUGAAAACUUCAGAAACGAACACAACACCGCAACAUUAACCCCCUUCGGGCCUACGCUAGCUGACGCGGACGCCCGCCGCGUGCGCACGCACGCGGGUGCUAUUUGUAGGUGACAUCCGCCGCACGCGUCCGCUUCAGUUAGCGUUGCUCAUACUAUUUUUCGUUAACCCGCUCGUCCGCUCCGUGCACCCGCGUCAGCUAGCGUAGGCCCUUAUCCGUAAAAGAAAACUACCGACCACAACCGUCAGACGGACCUAUAUAAAUAGGCUCUGGUAGAGAUCUAAAAGUUUGAUGUUUUAGAAACACUACACGCACGACGACAUACAUUUUUAAAUUAAUAUUAAUUUAUAGUAAUGAGAUAUUGACCAAAAAAAAUUUUGGUACAAGCUUUUUUUAUCGCUGACUGUAAUUUUCUUUCUACAGGCAACUAAUACUCAUAGAGUCAAUUCUAACAACCCCAAACACAAUUGGUUGCAUUAUUGUUUUAUCACAGAGUACCCAUGGCCACCUUCUGUUGUCAUCAUUAGAUCAGCUCAAUGUCAUCAUAAUAUUGCGUUGUCAUCCGAUUUACAUAUUUAUCUCAGCUCAAUCGGGAAGUGGGUCAAAUUUAUUUAACUUUCAAGAUUUAACCCACACUAACAUACAUAUUAACAGGGCAAGUUAAAUAAAAGCUUGUAAAAAGUGCAAAAUGAGCGAAAGGUUUAAGUACUUAAGUUUGUUUUGAUAAAGAGUCCCCGCCCCUGUUCCAUUGCCGGCCCGAUCUUAAGAAUCAAAAAAUAUCCUGAUUAUAGCGAAUUGAAAGAUUAAACAAACUACAUAUGAAAGAAAAACCAUGACUUGCAAUUUCCUGCAAGUAGUCUCUAUUAUUAACAUGAGUACGUUAAAGGAUGUCACCACCGCAUUGCAGGGGCGUAAAUUGUAGGGUCAACGUCAACGCAAUCGUGCGAUACGUUGCUCGCUGCGUCAAGUCGCUCGGGUGGCGCGGGUUACGACAUUACUGAAAAACGUAACCGCCCCACUGCUCAGGCUGCAUGCUACUAGGGCUGGACAGCCUGUUCAUUGAUAGUCUGGUCGCGAUGAACGCCGCGCGGUGCUAUACGGCGAUGCCGGGGCCCAAGCCCCUCCCUCUCUUUGGGAAUUCUUGGCGAUUCGCUUUAGGACAAAAACCAUGGCAAACAAAAGCUUUGGACAUCACGUUGUGGACUUUGAGAUCUUUAGCUGGUGACAGAGGAGCCGCUAAAGUGGCUAAGCUAUUCGGACAUCCGGACUUGGUAUUCCCAUUUUGCGCCGACGAAACCGCGCGAGUUUACAGGCGAGAAGAUUCAAUGCCCUACAGAGCUGUAGCGCCGUGUCUUAGGCAUUACAAGAAUGAACUAAGAAAGGAUUUUUUCGGUGAACAGCCGGGGUUAAUAGGAGUGCACGGAGAGCCGUGGUCCCGGUUCCGCUCGAAGGUGGCGAAGGCACUGGCGGCGCCGGAAGCCGCCCGAGCCGCGGUACCGGCUCUGGAUUAUGUCGCCGACGACUUCGUGAAAAGAAUGGAAUGCAUCGUCGAUGAAAACCGGGAACUACCUACAGACUUCCUGAGCGAAUUGUACAAAUGGGCGCUUGAAUCGGUCGGAGCCUGGGCUUUAGGCACUAGGUUAGGUUGUCUCAGCGACGAUGAUAAAGAAGCGAAAGAAAUAAUAAGAUGCAUACACGGAUUCUUUCACAGCGUUCCUAUCUUAGAACUAUCUGCCCCAGUAUGGAGGUUAUUCUCCACCCCGGCUUAUAAAACUUAUGUUGAAGCUCUGGACGCCUUUCGGUCACUCUGUUUGAAAAGACUGACUGACAAAGGCGUAUGCGCUCAAGUAGCGGCGAAAUGUGGCGAAAAAAUAGCUACAAUUUUAGCAUUGGAUUUACUAUUGGUUGGCGUCGAUACAACGGCGGCCGCGGCUGCCAGUACCAUGUAUCUUUUGGCGAAUAACGCAAGAACUCAGAGAAGGCUGCAAGAUGAAUUGGAUACAAAUCUACCGACAGAUAGAGUUCUAACGAGCAAAGAUUUGGACCAACUUCCGUAUCUCCGGGCGUGUAUUAAAGAAGCUUUGCGAAUCAAACCCGUUAUAUUGGGCAACGGACGGUGUAUACAGUCAGACGCCGUAAUCUCUGGAUAUGAAGUACCUAAAGGGUGUCAUGUCGUUUUUCUGCAUUAUAUCCUGUCGAAUGAAGAGCGCUACUUCCCGUCGCCACAGGAAUACGUUCCCGAAAGGUGGCUGAGAGAUGACGUCAAGGACAAAACCACCGCAAGUAUCGACAAAAGGUGUCCCGCCACUGGAACUGGCCACGAUAAGAGAGGGGAGCAAGAUUCAGUGUGCGAACAUGAUAAGAUUCAGAAAGUGUGGAGAAAGCAGAAAGAAGUCGGGAUUCACCCUUUUGCAUCUCUGCCGUUCGGUUUCGGCCGAAGGAUGUGCAUCGGUAAAAGAUUUGCAGAAGCUGAAUUGCAGUUAUUAUUGGCAAAGACUUUUCACCGCUAUGAAGUCUCAUGGCGCUACGGAGAGCUGACGUACAGCGUGACUCCAACGUAUGUGCCUAACGAGCCACUUCAGUUCACUAUCAGGCCCAGAAAAGAGCCGCUUAAAGAAUAGAUCAUAUAUCUUUUACGCAGAGUAACGCUGAAUGUUUCUCUACAAAAGAUUCAAGGUCAUUGAAUGUCUAAUUAUAUUAUAUAAUAGUUUUAACGUAUAUAAAAGAGGCUAGACACAAGGUAUAAUAGGAUAGAGAAGUUCAUAAAAUUACCCCAACCCAUAAUCCUAAGGCACAAAUUAAUGUUUAAGCCACCUGACUGGAAUUAAUUUCGACUGACGUAAAAUGUUGCAUUAGUUAUAGACACCAAUUUUAAUGGAGGCUUUGUUAUAGAAAUAGAAUCUAAGAAAUUCUAGAAUAUAUCACUGUUGUUAAAUAACUAAUUAGUAACCCAAUGAAAUCGAGCUUGCAUCAAGCUUAUAAAUAAAAUCGAUACCUUAUACGAGUGUGCACGAGUGGACAUACUUGUGUGUGUAGUGUAGAAGUACAUUAGUAAGUUUAUCUAAAUCGAUGAUUCACCGUUUCAUUAAAAGCUGAUAAUAAAGCCGGCCGAUACUCUCGUUUAUCGAUUGCUGGGGAGAGCACAAUAAUUGAUUCAAAAGAUAUUGAGCUUACUAUUUAUGUCAAAAUCUGUGACUGUGACUGAAUCCUUUUUAUAUUAUACAUGAAUUUUGUGCUGAUUACUCUGCGUGUGUCCUCAGUAUUCUGUAUUCAUUUUACAUUGUAUCUCAUAGUUUUCUAAGAAUCUUAAUAUGAAUUGCAUUAUACUCGUUAUUUCCUUUUUAAAAGCAUUAUUUUCAGUAGAAAGAGUUGCAAACGCUUUAUGUUGACAGUCAAGUUAGCUGUGUAGUGCAAAAUAUAAAAGCUCAAAUAAAGUUGUAGCGGCAGCGACAAAAUAUAUUUUAAUAUUAAAAAAUGUCGGAGCCGAGCGGAAUUCGGCCGGUCAACAUGAUGAUUUCAUAUUAGACGUUUAUAUAUUACAAAAGUAUCAAACCAUUACGCAGAACUCGCAAAGUUUUCAUGUCAAAUGCUACGUCAAGUAUCCUAUGGGAUAUUUAUGCAUCAUCACUGUCAAGUAGGUGGAAACUUGGCGUGGCCGGAGUCUACCUGCGGUGCGUUUGCAUCGUAAUGGGGUACAUGUUUUACACAAAACGCCUAUAGAUAGACAAUAAAAUUGAACUAGCAACGGGU